GCCACACACGCAGCUCUGCCUCUUUGCUCUGGCUCUCCCACCCUCUUCCUGUCUUUCUCUGCUUCCUUGUCACUGUUACUCCAGGAGACGUUCACUUUUCACCAACCUUUCUCCAAGCAUCUCCAAGCCACUGACUAUAUAUAUUUUGCUACAAGAGCCCUAGAAGAGGAAAAAAGCAGACUUAUCAACACAUCGUUUCAAAAAAAAAUCAACAACGAAUUUUUCAAAAUGUUUGAGAACAAUUAAAAAGAAAAGGCAUUUUUGAUUUCUCAACUAAGUGAACAAUCAUUCAUGUCAUCCACAUCUUGAGAUACUGUCCCUCGCUGUGGGCACCGGCGAGGUGGCAACUGCUCUUGCAUUUUUGAAUGUAAUAAAUAUUUGCUGCUUUUAAUAUUUUCCGGAAAGUCCCCCUCGGUCUUCCCUGGAAUUUUAACUUAAAGAGUGGAGAAAAGAUUAUCGAAAGGGCUUUUGCAAGCCUCCAAAAUGAUGCUGAGUCCGGACCAAGCCGCCGACUCGGACCACCCCAGCUCGGCGCACUCGGACCCGGAGUCGCUGGGCGGCGCGGACGCCAAGGUGCUGGGCAGCGUGUCGGACCUGGAACCAGUGGAAGAGGCCGAGGGCGAUGGCAAGGGCGGCAGCCGUGCCGCGCUCUAUCCGCACCCGCAGCAGCUGAGCCGGGAGGAAAAGCGCCGCCGCAGGCGGGCCACAGCCAAGUACCGCUCGGCCCACGCCACCCGCGAGCGCAUCCGCGUGGAGGCCUUCAACCUGGCCUUCGCGGAGCUCCGCAAACUGCUGCCCACGCUGCCCCCGGACAAGAAGCUCUCCAAGAUCGAGAUCCUGCGUCUGGCCAUCUGCUACAUCUCCUAUCUCAACCACGUUCUGGACGUGUAGGGCAGGUGGCGCCGCGGGAGGCCGCCUGUCCUGGCGUUUGCGAAAUACGACCGAUCCUGGCGGUCGCCACCGGGAUGCCACAGGCGGCGACGGCCCAGCGGCAAGGCCUCCGGGAGACAAUUGGACUGGGGAAGAGGUUCACAGCCGGUUCUCUCUGGUCAGUAGGACGACAGGGGAAGGUUUUCAACGCUGGGAUUUGGGGUUGGCUGGAGAGCCUUGGGGCUCACAAGGGGUAUUUUCCAGGCCAGAACCUUCUGGAGGUACCCAAGAUGAGUCGCCAUGUGUAUUAGGAUCCCCUUAAGGGUUGUUGCUUUAACCCACUGGAGACUUUGAGUCUCCUUUAUUUAUCUCCUACAAAUCUUCAUGUUUUGAAAGAAUGAGGGCAGAAGCUCAGAGUACAGAACUUUAAACUAUAUGGAAUUUUUCUAAUUGACAAAUCACCAAACGUUGGGAAGGAGAAGAGGGGGGAACCUAUUCCAUACAGAGAUUAAGGCACAGGAAGGUGGGACAGCAAACUUUCUGUUCCUUUGUCAAAAGAAAGAUUAUAUUAAAAUUCAAAUAGAACAAACCCUGAAUAUUUGCAAAGGUUAAAAAGACACAUUAAGAACAAAUAUACUGUAGAAGGAUUUGAGCUUGGUGAGAUUUUAACCCCAAGAUAGGCCUCUAAAGUAGACAGGAUAAUCCAUAUUUAAGUGGAAAAUAUAAUAUCUGAUUGCUUUUUCAGGCCAAGUGCCCCUUUAUAUAUCCAAAAACAUCUAUUUGUGACCUUAAAUAUGUGGACCCAUAGGUGCAGUUAGAAAAAGACAACCUAUUUUUAUUUAUGUUAGAAGGAGUAGAGUAUUUUUUUCAAGACAUUUAUUUUUCAGAGUGGUGAUAAUUUUACUUUGGAUACUCUGUGCCAAUUUAUUUAUAGUCAAGUGUUUACACUUUUUCCUGUGGAAUAAUUAUGUCUAACUUUUUACGUGUAUGUUGAGAUUAUACUGUGGUCUUUCUUUUUGCUCUAAUUAUAUUGCACUUGUAUAAGAAAUUUCCCACUUCUCCCUGUUUCUAAACAUAUUUUAUAUAUUAAGAUGUUUGUUCUUGAAAGGUUCUUUUGUUGUGAGAUCAGCAACACUAGCACUUCACUAUUAUAGUUUUUUAAAAAAGUAAGUGUUGUUUUUCUUAUCUGUAUUUAUGUCUGAAAAGUACUUUACAAACUGUUUAUAAGGAGAGUAGCUUCUUUGUGUGUAUGUGUGUGUGUGUGUGUGUGUAUGUGUGAUGUUUGUGUGUGAGACGAUUUUAGGAAAUUAAGUUAUUUUCCUAAAAAAAAAAAAAAAUCAGAACUACUUUCCUCUGUGACAACCAAAAAGAUAAGUCUAUAACCUGAAAA